GGGGGAAAAAAACAACUGCACUAUACUUUGCAUAUUGGAUGUUUGGAUCUGAUAACCAUGUAUAACUAGGUACAACGAUAUUCUAUUAAAUGCAGGCAGACUGCGUGAAAGUCUGUCCGUCAGAAUAAAUGAAAUGAAAAUGAGAAUACACUGCCUACUCAUUUUUGUCUUUUCACAGUGGAAACGAAUCUGCAAACACACCUUUGGCGGUAGAUCUAUACACGACAGCCGCCGUGAUGAGAUGAGGUGUCUGGUGAUUUCAAUAUACAUUUCCAGACUUCACCAAACUGUGCUUUGGACAGUAAGACUGAUUAUCCAGACAGCGGCACCCUUCACUGGAUUUGGAAAGAAGAGAGAGUUUGAGAUGGAUACAGAACGCUGGAUCAAGUCUGUAAUCAGAGGCGUCGUGUGCCUGGCUGGAAUCAUUGGUAACAACUGGCUGUGCUUCAGCUCCCGGCCAAAAUCCCUUUCGUUUUUUCACAAGCUUUCACUUUUUUUUUUUUUUUCCUCUUUCUCCAUUUUAUUUACCAUCUCUGGUCUGAUUAGCGAACCGACAUGGCUUGUUUCAAUGACAAACAAUGGUUUGGGUUUGUUUUAGGAUUCAUAAUUUGUACGAAUGACCUGCUUUUAUCUUUGGCAGACAGAAAUGUAGCCUUUCCUGAGGAUGCUAGCAGACCCCCGGGGCUGUUUAGAUCCUGCGAAAGAAGCCACAAGAACCCUCCCCUCCGUCCAUCAGAGACAGGUGCUCUGAGGUUGCUGUGUGCGUGUGUGUGUGCGUGUGUGUGUGUGCGUGCGUGCGAGACAGAUCUGGCUCAGCAAAAUGUUUACAUGCAGCCAAAACAUCUGGUUUCCAAGUCGAACUGUAGUGUUUAGCGACUCCUUGCACAGUAAUGCAUUUCUCUUUAAAAUAAUAAUAAUAAUAAUUUUUUCUGCUUCUUAACAUUUCAUAAAAAUAUACCCCAAAAGCUUAUUUUCAGUUUAUUGCCAAUUUUUGUGGGCAAAUAAAUAAAUAAAUAAAUAAAUAGAUAGAUAGAUAGAUAGAUAAAUAAAUAGGUCCUUACGCUAUAUUGUCUAUAUGACAGUUUUACUUAAGCAUGUUAUUAUAUAUUGUUAUGCUGUUAUAGUAUUAUAGAAUUGUAUUUCCACUGGAGGAAAUAAAGGUGAUCGAACAUUAAUUAUGAAAUGAAUAUGCCUUGUAGUGACCUUACAUUCCACGUGUAUCAUUUUUGCCAUAAUUCUCCUUUAAACACGUGUCCUGCUGCUGUCUUAGCAAAGAACUGAUUUAUUAAUCAUGCAGAGAAACAUAAACCAUUAUUUCAUAGUCCGAGUCAUAAAUCUACCUAAAAAAACUCACCUGGAAAAAAAGCACGGACGGAGAUCUGUAUUUCCGUCGUCGUGGUAACAGUUCGGGGAGGAAUCACAUACCGUAUGGGUGUGAGAUAAUCGGGUGUCCGCAUACACACUUUAAUAAUACCGUAUCGAGUACGAUUGAUACGCCAGUCACAAAAUUAAAAUCGACUGCCCACUCAUUUUUGUUUGUUGACAAUGGAAACAAAUCGGUAGAACACACACAUUUGCCUACGUUUGCAGCCGGUAGGACGAGCUCUGAACACCAAAACCACAGCGAUGAGAUGAGGUGUCUGGUGAUAUCAGUAUAAAUUACAGACGUCACCGAACCGUGCUUUAGAAAGUAACAGCACCCGUCCCUGCAUCUGGAAAGAAGAGAGAAUUUGAGAUGGAUACAGAACGCUGGAUCAAGUCUGUAAUCAGAGGCAUCGUGUGCCUGAGUGGAAUCAUUGGUAACAACUGGCUGUGCUUCAGCUCCCUGCCAAAAUCCCUUUCUCAGCUCCGGACUAACGACGUCCUGUUUGUAAACUUGGCCGUAUCCAAUCUGAUCACUAACUACAUGGUGGACAUCCCGGACAUUCUCCAAACCGAUCAGUAUUUAUCUUUGGGAAAGGUGUACUGCGGCUUUCAUUUUUUCCUGCCUGAAUUCUCAGAGACCAGCAGCAUCAUGAGCACCACCUUCAUCACUGCGUACUGGCACCAGAAGCUCGUGGGCUCCCUGAAGAACGGAGGAGCUCCCGUGCACAUGGACAACCUCCGCCUCAUCGCCAUGCUGCUGACAGGAAGCUGGACCUUCGCGCUUGUCCUCCACCUGCCUCAUUUUUUCUUCAUCGUCGACAACAGUGAGAACGCGACUACGGCGGCAUGCCAGGAAGAGUUUUCUUCGCCGGAAGCCGAGCAGGCCUACAAGGCGGUCUACGUCGCGCUCGCCAACGUGAUCCCGCUUACCUGGGUCCUUUACGCGAGCAUCCAGAUCGCGAUUACACUGCUGCAGAACGAAAAGCGAAUGAAGAAAACGAGCGUGACGGUCCGACACGAAGGAAACGCCUCGGCCGAGAAAAGCGGAGACGACACCAAUGACGGAUCGGCGGUUACCAAGUCCAAGUCACAAGCCAAAACGGGAAGCCUGGUGAGGGCCGCCAAGAGUGUACUGGCAGUGGCCGUCUUAUUCUUAACCUGCUGGGCAAUUCAUCUCAUCGUCAGCGUCCUCAUUUCCGUCGUGCACUCUACCGUCAUCGAGGACAUCGAAAGCUUUGUAGGAGCAUCCUAUACGUGCACCAUCCCUUAUAUUUACCUGUACGGUGUGCAAAAGCUGACCUGCUCCCGAGGUUAA